UCUGAGAGACUGGUGGGUGGCAGAUGGUAGUAAAGGACUUGCAGCACUGUGGAGCUACAUUAGAAGAACGCUGCUGGUUGCUUGAAAAUUAAUAAUUACGGGAAAACAGUUGUUUUUGGGCUAUGAGACCUUAUAUUCCGAACGUAAGAAAAUGUAAUGAAGAUGCGCGGCGAUAUGCUUCAUUGCCUGUUUAUGACAACGCACAACCUUAUAUUGUAUACAGAUUCAGUUUCUGCAUUGCACAGGGCCAUUUCUGUUGUUCGACAUAAUGAGUCACAUAAAAACAAUAGAAGAUUUAAAAACAUCAGUUGCUGAAUUAGCAAGCCUGAUGGAUGAUACUUUCACAUGCUGCAAGCGGAACUAUGAUGCCUUGCUACCAUACAUUGGGAAAAAGGAAACAAAUUUUAAAAUAUAUCACAAAUUAAUAAAUGUUAAUAUAAUGUUGAACAAGUUAAGUGAAGAACUUGUAGGACUUAGAGUUGAAUAUGUAACUCUGUCAUCGUAUGAACAAAGAAUGGAGAUUGCUCUGUUUGAAGGAGGUAGAAAGAGAAGAAAGUCUGAUGUGCUCGAGUUAGGCAGACAUGAGACCAAAAGUAUAAAAAUGGAAGUGCCAUAUUCUGAUAACGCCAAGUGUUGCAUUUCAUUAACCUCAGAGACUGGAAUCAAUAUGCAGUCAAAGAAUUUGGAAUCGGAGGAUACUGAAGAAACUAGACAGUCACCGUUGCCAAAGUCGGACACACACCGGCCAAAAAUCAUAAAAACGGAAAUAAAAGAUUUAAAUGAAGUUGAAAAUUUAUUUGUUUUUCCCACUGGUAAUAAAGAUAUUCCUGCAGAUCAAACAUCGUGUGAUACUAGAAAUAAUAGAGUGACAGUUUGUUUUGCUGGUGAUGAGGAAAGUGCCUCUGUAGCAGGUAGACUUGUGAGAGACAAUGCUUAUGAUGAACCAGGUGAUACGAUUACUCAGAGAAAACACUGAAGAGUGUUUCCCAUUGGAAAGUUUGGGAAGUCAGACUAGCAGUCAAGAGAAGUACGAAGACAUUGACAGUGUUCUUCAUGAAGAUCAUAGCAUUCGCAGAUAUCUAGGAGGAAAAGUUGAUUGUACCACUUCCUUUUCUUACCACUCAAUUCAAUCUUCCAGUGGUGAAGAAUCUCCUGUUGCUUUCACCACUUGUGAUUCGGAGAUUGUUAGAUCAUUACAAGGGAGAUCAAACACUGGUAACAAAGAAAAGAAAAGAGCUCCCGUUUUUCCUAUCAUAUAUGAAAAUGGUCAGAGUUCAGAGGAAUUGUGUGAUGCAGGUGAUGAACUGUAUGGUAUUGUAAGGCACCAGAAUGGGAGAUUUAAGUGUACAUUACGCAAUGAUGGACUUAUUAAUUACCAGGCAGUUCCUGUUCGUGUGAAAAGAAAGCAGCAUAAAAGGAAACGAAAAAUUUCCAAGAAGAACAGUUGUGCCACAGUUUCUGAAGUUCCAAAUGAUAGCUGUGAAGGUGAAUUUGUUAAUUACCAGGCAGUGCAUGGUCAUUUGAAAGGAAAGGCACACAAAAUGAAACGAAAAACUGCCAAGAACAACAAUUGUGCCAGAAUGUCUGAUGUUCCAAAUAACAGCUGUGAAGGUGAACUUGUUAAUUACCAGGCAGUGCAUAGUCUUUCGAAAGGAAAGAUGCAUAAAAUGAAACGAAAAGCUGCCAAGAAGAACAGUUGUGCCAGAAUGUUGGAAGUUCCAAAUAACAGCUGUGAAGGUGAACUUGUUAAUUACCAGGCAGUGCAUAGUCAUUCGAAAGGAAAGAUGCAUAAAAUGAAACGAAAAGCUGCCAAGAAGAACAGUUGUGCCAGAAUGUUGGAAGUUCCAAAUAACAGCUGUGAAGGUGAACUUGUUAAUUACCAGGCAGUGCAUAGUCAUUCAAAAGGAAAGAUGCAUAAAAUGAAACGAAAAACGGCCAAGAAGAACAGUUGUGCCAGACUGUCUGAAGUUCCAAAUAAUUGUUGUGAAGAUGAACUUGUUAAUUACCAAGCAAUGAAUGAUCAUCCAAAAGAAAAGAAGGAUAAAAUUAAACGAAAAACUGCCAAAAAGAAAAGUUAUGCUAGAGUGUCUGAAGUUCCAAAUAACAGCGGUGGAGGUGAACUUGUUAAUUCACAGGCAGUGGAGGGACAUACAAAGCAAAUAAAGCCUAAAAAGAAACGAAUAACUGCCAAGAACAGUUGUGCCCAAAAGUCUGAAGUUACAAAUAGCACCACACAGUGCAAGGUCAUGUGAAAGGAGAGAAGCAUAAAAAAGAAAGACAGAUACUGCCAAGAAGAACAGUUGUGCCAGAAUCUGUAGUUAGGAAUAACAGCUGUGAAAGUACAGCAUCUGUUUCUGUGUGGCCUGCUAUUUCCUGCUUAUUUACUGACUGUUGUAUAGUACAGGUACCAAACAAUAUCAGUUAAACGUGCAAUCACAUUAGUUGAUGUAUGAAUGUAUGUACGUGCAUCAUUUCAUGUUAACAAAAAAUUUUCAGGUUUCAUUUAGGAUAAAUAAUCUCUUCCCUUUGUAAUGAACUGGUAAUAAGAUAAAUACCCAACAUAAAGGACACACGUUUCUAGGUAGGCUAGGUCAUCUUGAUCAGAAAGGUAUAUUACGAAACGUUGAACUGAAAAAUAAAUCCUGCAGUAACUGUUGGAAAUACCAGUCAGUCUAGAGAACAUUGUUUGUAGUACUCAGUUUAUUUCGAAAAACAAUGUUUUUUGUAGUGUGUGCAACUUUUUCUGUGAAAGUACAGCAGUAUUAAUUCAUAUGAUGUGCAAACCGACUCAAGAAGUUAGAUGAAAUGAUAAAAAUCAAUAUAGAGCCAACAAUAUGAGAAAAACUGAAAGAUUCAAAGUAAUGUAUGUGUGUAUUAUGAACUUAUUUUCAGUGUAAAUAUGUUAUUUCCAUUGACCAUUUGUUAAUGUAGUGUGAUGACCCAAUGUUUAAGUGUCAAGACAGACAUUGCAUAGCUCCAGAAUAUGAUCCUGUGUCUUAUAGGUUUUUGUGUUAUGUAAAAGACAAUACUCAGAUGAAAAUAUUUUAUAUAAUUUAACUGCAUAUCAGAGAAAAGAAGUCCUUUUG